CCAUUUGUAGCUAUGAAUUUACCAGACGAGAACCUGUGGGACGAAACCAUUUGUAACUCUGUGAUUUGUCAGCAUCCACAAUGCUGGGCAGCUAUUCGCAGGAUUGAGAGGGGCAACCCUCGUAUGCUGGGUUCACCCUACAAGACUUCUCUGGAUAUGGAAGAUAAACUCCCAGUGCUCACCAUUGUAAAUAUCCCAGAUGUUCCCCGGCCCACGAGACUUGCAGGAUCUACCUUAACCAAGGCUCACUCUUUAUUGUCUCGGGGCCCAAAGUUUGACUCCAGAUUUCAAGGCAGGACUCAGAAGCAUGACAAAGGUUUGGUCAGCAGUUCUAAUGGACCUCCCAAAGUUUCAGUGCUGAAUUUGAAUGACACACUGCUUCCCUGCCUUCACGAUGUUAGAAAUAUGGCUGUAAUCUGGAUCCCUGAAGAACCAGAGAAGAAUAGGAGAAGAGAGGAAGAGAAGUCAUCUUCGAGUUACUUGAGUCACAAGGUGGUUGUGCCUCCCCCGUCCCCAGCACAUUUGUCUGAGCCAUUAAGCCCCAUCCGCAUGCUUUCCUGGCCCCACACAGACAUGCUGCCUCAGGACCUGCUGAAGGACCUCCUGGCAGAGGAAGGGGUAACCAUGCUUUCUCCAGCUAUGAAGAUAGAAUUGGCCAUGAUGAAAAAGAACCGUCCCAUGGAAAAGAGUCGGCCUGACAGUGCAAUUUCUUCUAAGAUGUUUUUAUCUGUACACCGCCUCACCCUGCAAGGGAAGGAUCACCAUUCUGGAGUGGGGCGCAGCAAGCAGCCACGGGGCAGGGUGGGAGCAGUCAGUGAGAAGAGAAUCAAGCUGGCUCUGUGGUUGCCAGAUCCCAGGAAGCAGCAGCAGCAGCAGCAGAGGAAGGUGAAAACACCUGCUCAGAAACAGGAGCUUAAAGAAGAAACCAAGAGUGAUACAGAGCUUUGGAGCACUUUAUAUAAGCAUGAAGUUGACACCAUUUAUGAGCUUGUAUCUGGUACUGAAUUGGUCAGGACAGAGUCUACUAAGGAGGACAUCAGUGCUCAAGGGAAGGUUGAGCUGGAAUCCCAGACUUCUAGUGAAGAGAAAACCCCCAAGAACCUUUUAGACAGUACAGCUGAAACCACUUGGAACCCUGAGCUUAAACUUCUGAAGAUUCAUCAGGACUCUGAUGAUGAGGAAAAGGAGAUGCUACCCCUACCCUCCAGGGCAAAGAGUGAAGAUGCUCUGGAGGCACAGGCUGAAGAUAUCACUCAGGGCAACCCUGUUCGAGAGCAGGAUACUUAA